CACGGUCUCAUCGACCACAACGUCAUCCAUGACAUCAACAUCUUCCCUCUCUAUGACAACCACGUCAACAUCAGCAAGCGUCACAACCACAAGCACAAUGACAUCCUCGUCAACCACAGUAUCCAGCACAGUUACGUCAAGCACAACUGCAACUUCAACAUCCACCACAUCCACGAGCAUGACUACCACUUCAACAUCACUAAGCAUCACAACAACAAGCACACUGACAUCCUCCUCCACCACAGUUUCCAGCACGGUGACAUCAACCACAAGCGCAAGCUCCACCUCAACGUCCUCCACCAGCAUGAGUAGUAGUUCCACCUCAGCCACCAGCAGUAGUAGUUCCACCAGCAGCAUGACGAUGACCAGCACCAGCAGUAGCACCAUGACCUCCACCAGCACCACCAGUAACAGCACCACCAGCACCACCAGCGCCACCUCCAGCACCAGUUGGACCACCACAAGCAGCACCUCCUCAAGCGCAACAAGGACUUCCACCAGCUCCACAGUAUCGGCCAGCAGCACCACGACCAGUACCAGCAACAGCACCAGCAGCACCAGCAGUACUGAGACCUCCACCAGUAGUAGCACCACCUUCACCACCGUCACGGUGAGUAGUACCAGCACCUCCAGCACCAUGGAGCGUGCCUGGUGUCGCAAGCUCUAUGGCGGUGUGGAGAUGGAGCAAGGGACGUGUCCUCCUGGAAGCACCCAGCACGACUACUGCUUGGCAAUGGACGAGGAAGCAAGUAUUGGCUGCGGCGACACUCGAGCCUUCUGCCCCACGGAGCCUUACAACUUCUCUUCCGGGGUCCCUGUGGAUGCUAUAACUUGUGAUCGCUGCGCCAUGGUGACGAUGGAGAAUUGGGAUCAGAGGAUAUGGUUGGGGGGUGAAGUUCGAUGGGCUCCCUUCGCCAGAUUUGAAGAGGAUGAGAUGCAGCUUGAAGGAUAUAACGUGGGUGUCCUCGACGCCUGCGGGGUUGAGAUCAUGCUUCUGGGCAGCGUCCCCGUGCGCAGUGGCAUGUUUGCUGAGAGUGUGAAGGAGUGUUGCGCGAACAGCUGGUAUGCAGUGUACUUCGGGCACUACCUACCACCUGAAUCGGUCAGUAUUUCGAUCACCAGCUGGAGCGGUUUAGCCGAAGACCUGCGGCUGGCCACCGCGCUGCCCAUCUUUCAGGCCACCACGUCCACCACGACGCAGACAUCGUUGACAUCGUCCAGUACCAGCAGCACCACCAGUAGCAGCACCUUGAGUACCACCUCUUGGACCGACACCACGAGCUCCACAACAACCAGUAGUUCCUCCAGUAGCUCCAGUAGCACCAGCAGCUCGAGCAGCAGCAGCCACACCACCUUUGCCUUGGCGCCGGCGCAGCUGGAGGGAUGUAUUGGGCUGGUGGUCACGGAUGUCGAUGCCUUCCUGGCAGAACCAGGUGCCACGGAGGCAAUGAGACAAACCUUGGCGCAGGCUGCUGGGGUCAGAGACACCUACAUCCAGCAGAUCAGCCUCUCCGAGGGCAGCUGCGAUGGUGCGGUCACCGAGGUCAACGACACCGCGGGGGCACGACGCCUGCAGAGUGCAGUACGCACGGACUACGUGGUGGUCUUCCCGGCCGCUUUGGGGGUGGAGGCAGCAUUGCAAGCUGUGGAAGCGAGCCGACAGGCACUGGAAGUGAUCUCCCUGGAGGAGGUGACGCAGAUCUUACAGGAAGAGGUGCAAAGAUUCCCAAGCAUCGCCAACAUCGGGGUGACGGUGAGUACAAAGGCAGUGACCAUAGAGGUGACGAAUGAUGAUGCAGCUGGAGGAGUUUACUAUUGUACGGAAGAACAGAGGCCCCACAUUGACGGUGCUGGGGAGUACACCUGCACUGGCAAUCCUGGGAAGGGGCAAAAAUGUACAGCUCCUUGUUCGGGCAGCGAUAUUUCUGCGGAGAUCAUUUGCUGGAGCUCUCGGGAAUGGUUGGUGACUGAGCCCUGUUUGAGCCAAUCAGAGGGAAUGGCAGCCUGGUUGGUGUUUCUCAUCGUCUUCCUGUGCUGUUUGAUCGUGCUGCUGAUCUUUGGCCUGCUGUUCGCUGUCUACACCGGUGCCUGCAAGAAGGUGACUCCCGAGGACGACGAUGCAGCCCCCGCCCCCAAGGACGCCUGGACGGCCACGCCGCCACCCAGCCAUGCCUCACCGCGCCCGGCGUCGCCGGAUGCACUGGCACCCAUGGUGGCUACGGGCGCCGCGGACAUUUCCUUCGUCACGGGGUUGCCUUGGGAGGCCAAGCGCGCCAGCAGCCGUGAGGAGCGCUCGCGGCCCAGCAGCAGAGAGGCGCGCAGCAAUGAUGCCCCACCAGUGGAGACGGUGGAGACCCUCAAAACGCGAAGCUCACGAUCCAGGUCCCCAGAGGCUCCAAAGGAGCAGUACCUGGAUAGUGGCCUUGAUGGUGAUGCUGGACAGACUACUGGAGCGUUUUCACCGGGGAUGCCAGCACAGAAGGAAACUGUGACCUUUAUGGUUGAUCAACAGCAGGACUUCAGAGUUUGGGUGCAACAGGAUUUGCCGACACAUCCUUUGCCACAAAAUACCACAGUGUAUCCUGGCACGAUUCAGUACGACUGAGUCGAGAUCUUGAGCCAUUUUCUUGAGGCAGCCUGGAACAGGAGUGCCUUGAGCCGUAGCCAAAGGCCUUAAUUCACACAUUUCAAAAUGCACUGUCAAGCGGGGUCAUCUGGACUAUGUCAUUUUUGAUGUUUUCUAGUGGGAAUUUUCAUGCUGCGAACGAAUACCUCGGACUUUGCUGGCCCAGCGAUGCUAAUCUAACCGGCAAUCCAUCCCUCAAAUGUGGCGUGUGGAGCUGUGUUGAGCGGCCACAGGGUGCCUCGAAUGAGGCCCCUCAGGGCCAUAAUUAUUGCAUUAUUUAUCCUCUUCCCCUAAAGAUUGGACUCACC